ACACCUUGGUCAAAUUAGAAAUAUUUCAUUAUCACGGCAUUAGAUUCGGAAUAAAACAUGUCAAUCGACUUGUAUUAUAUGGUGGAGAGUCCUCCCUGUCGUGCGGUCCUAAUGGUUGGCCGACUACUCGACAUCGACUUCAAUCUAAAGAGUUUAGAUCUCUCCAAAUCGGAACAAUUGGCGCCGGAAUUUGUGGCCAUCAAUCCGUGUCAUACUGUGCCCACUAUUGUGGACAACGGGUAUGUCUUAUGGGAGAGUCGGGCGAUAAUCACGUAUUUGGUCAACCGUUUCCGUCCCUCACAUCCAUUAUAUCCGGACGAUCCGGAGAUGAGGGCCGCGAUCGACAAACUUCUUCAUUUCGAUUUGGGAACUCUUUACAGAAGUAUUUCCAAUUAUAUCAGUCCGAUAUUCUUCAACAAAGAUGUCGACGAUCUUAAGGAACACAAAUUGAAAGAAACUCUGGAUUUGUUUGACUCAAUGGUGGCUAAGCAUCGGUUCGUAUGCAGUGAUAGCAUCUCUUUAGCCGACGUGUCAAUUGUGGCCGGAUUUUCGCUACUCGAGUCCACUGACUAUCGUCUGAGUCCGUGGAUUAAUGUUUGCAAAUGGAUUGAAAGAGUGAAAGAGGAACUCAAAGACUUUUACGACGAGAUCAACGCAAAGGCCGUACAAAACACUCGCGAUUACAUUAAACUCUUGAAAGCAAAACGUGAGAUCAAAACCGAAAAAUAAAAACACGUAUCGGUCUCAGAGGCAGACCCUAUGGUAACACAAGUCCACUGCGAAUGACGAGUUCGAGUGGCUAUUCGGUCAAUACAAUCACUUGAAUAUAUAAUUUGAUAACAUUUUUAUUUGUCGUUACUUUAAAUUACAAUAUUUUAAAAAAUUCGCUAAAAAAUAAUAAAUUAUGGUUUAGGACUCCGAAG